CCACCCCUCAGAAAAAACUUUGAAUCUAAAUCAAAACUAUUUUUCUAAAACAAUGUGAUAAUCAAUUAAAGAAAAUUUUGUCGAAAACUUAGAAAACCCUCAUACAUAAAUGGCCGAAGACGGUGAAAUUUUACGUUAUCUUUGGGAUUCGACGUUGCCAGUCGCAUUUCAUCUAUCCGACCAGGAUUGUCAUUCGAUCAAAAUUCCUGAACCAUAUUACGUGAACAAAAUAGCUGUCUAUUUUUCUCAAUUCAUCGACACAACUAAUAAAACCUCAGCUAAUUUAUGGCUAGAAUAUUUGGAUAUACCAUUGAAAUUGUAGAUAUUAUCAAAAUUAAACAAAUGAAUCAUAUAAUUAAUAAUUAUUUUUUAUAGUAAUUAUCCCAUCGGUCUUUUAUAUGAUCUGUACCAGCCUGAUAUUCAACUGCCAUGGAAUAUAACUGUAAAUUUUGAUCGUUUUCCCGAAGACACGAUAGUUCGUUGCAAUAAUCGAUCAUCAAUGGAAUCGGCUUUUCUUUCAAGCCUAAAAGAAGCCGAUGCGCUCAAACGUCGUGAACCUAUCGUAUCAACAAUGCCAAAGAAAGAUCAUAAUCAACUAUGGAUGGCCGUUGUAAAUCAUAAAUUUGAUCAAUUCUGGUCAAUUAAUCGUCGAUUAAUGGCACCGGCCAACAAUCAACAAACAUUUCGUUAUAUUCCAUUUCGUUUCUAUAUACGAACACAAACUUGUGGUGAUCGACCGUUACUCAUACAGAAAUUAAUUAAACCAAUACUGGAUUCAGGUGAUCCAGCAACAUAUCGUGAUCUAAUCAUACAAGUACUCGGUGAUGAAUAUUUAAAUAAUGAUAAAUAUAAUUUAAUUGUACAUGGUAUUCAACCAGAAAUGGAUACACCAUUACAAUGGAUGAGUGAACAUCUUAGUCGUGUCAGUGACAUUUAUCGAAUCAUUUUUAAAAAUGAUGAAAAGCCGCUUGUGUACGAUAAAAAUCAUCGAAUACCGAUUCAACAAUUGGUUAUUAAACUUUUUCGUCCCAAUACACCAUAUGAUCCAUAUGAAUCCAAAAUGAAUUCAUUGAUUGCAAGUUUUGAAAGAUUAGGACCCCAAAUAUAUUUGACUGGUGAUGAUUACAUUGCAAUGGAAUAUAUCGAUGCCAAAGCAUUCAACCGACAAAAUGAUUAUGAUGAAAAAUUUAUUCAAUUAUUAGCCUCACGAUUAGCAAGAUUUCAUUCGUUACAAGUACCGAUAGCAAAAAAUUCUUACAAAGAUCGAUAUCGAUAUAUAUUUGAAGAAUGGGCAGAUGAAAAAUUUUGGAACCAAUUCUACAAUGAAUCAUCGUUUGGAAUGAAAGCAUUGAGAGAGAAUAAAUGUCAUACUAUAAUCGAUUAUAAUGUUCAAAUUGAAUGUGAAUUUCUACGUAAACAAAUUGAAGCAAUAGAUCCUAUCAUUGUAUUUUGUCAUCAGGAUCUUAAUCACAGUAAUAUCUUUAUUAUUAACAAACAACAACCGGAUAUAAAAUUUAUUGAUUUUGAUUAUUCUGGUUAUAAUCUUCGUGGUAUGGAUAUUGGACGAUAUUUUGCUGAUUGUGAGAAAUUCGAACAAUAUUCCGAUGAAGGUAUUAUAAAUGAUGAAAAAAUGUUACGUUUCAUUCGCUAUUAUUUGGAUGAAAAUUGUAAUAUUUAUGGUUCAAAUUAUCGACAAGAUCCUUGCAAUUCUCCAAAUACAUUACUCAGGGAAAGCAAAGUAUUUGUAUUGUUUGCACAAAUGAUUGAUAUUUUAUUUUGCUUAUGGGAAACAAUAGCGGAACCAAAACGUCGUGAUAAAUAUUGCCUUUGGGCAGAAAGCCGAUACAAAGAAUACCGACAAUUCAAAGAACGCAUUACAAAUGAUGAUGUCUUCCGAUGAUAUUAAUCCGUCAUAAUGAAUGAAUUUUAGUUUUUAUUUUUCGUUUUUUUUGUAGAAAUAUUUUUUUUA